AUGUCUCACCCUUCUUGGCUGCCACCCAAAAGCACCGGAGAACCCCUUGGCCACGUGCCUGCACGUAUGGAGACCACCCAUUCCUUUGGGACCCCCAGCAUUUCUGUGUCCACACAGCAGCAACCCAAGAAAUUUGCACCAGUAGUUGCUCCAAAACCCAAGUACAACCCAUACAAGCAACCUGGAGGUGAGGGUGAUUUUCUUCCACCCCCACCUCCACUGCUAGAUGAUCCCAGUGUCCUUCCACCUGGUCCUGGAAAUUUCCCUCCUCCACCACCCCUUGAGGAAGGUGCUUUCAGAGUGCAGGGAAAUCCUGGAGGCAAGACCCUUGAGGAGAGGCGCUCAAGCCUGGAUGCUGAGAUCGACUCCCUGACCAGUAUCUUGGCUGACCUGGAGUGCAGCUCCCCUUACAAGUCUCGGCCUCCACAGGCUUCUGUUAGUUCAACAGCUUCUCCUCCGGUCUCCACCCCUGUCACAGGACACAAGCGAAUGGUCAUCCCAAACCAGCCUCCUCUAACAGCAACUAAAAAGUCAACGCUGAAGCCACAACCUGCACCCCAGGCUGGACCCAUCCCAGUGGCUCCAAUUGGAACACUCAAGCCUCAGCCACAGCCUCAGCCAGUUCCAGCUUCUUACACCACGGCAUCCACUCCUUCAAGGCCUACUUUCAACGUGCAAGUGAAGUCAGCAAAGCCCAGCCCUCAUUACAUGUCAUCUCCUUCAUCAGGACAAUUCUACGGUCCAGGAGCCCAGGGCUAUAGCACUCAACCAGUGCCUGUUUCUGGGCAGUGUCCACCUCCAUCAAGCCGAGGAGCCAUGGAGUAUAUAUAUAUUCCUUCACCGGGACUUCAGUCUGAUCCUGGAUAUGGGUAUGCUCCCAACCAAGCUCGCUAUUAUGAUGGUUAUUACCCAGCAGGGCCUGGCUAUGGGGGCCAAAAUGACUCUGAUCCUACCUAUAGUCAGCAAGGUCACCAGAAUACCUGGAAGCGGGAACCAGGAUACGCUCCGCCGGGACCAGGCAACCAGAACCCUGCUGCUAUGUAUCCGGCCCCAGGUCCCAAGAAGACCUAUAUCACGGAUCCUGUUCCAGCUCCGUGUGUACCACCGCUGCAGCCAAAGGUUGGACACCCAGGACCAAUGGGUCCUCCAGCUGUAACCUCCUCAUUCCGUCCAGAGGAUGAGCUUGAGCAUCUGACCAAGAAGAUGCUGUAUGACAUGGAAAACCCACCUGCCGAUGAAUACUUUGGCCGCUGUGCUCGCUGUGGGGAGAACGUCGUUGGGGAAGGUACAGGCUGCACUGCCAUGGAUCAGGUCUUUCACGUGGAUUGUUUUACCUGCAUCAUCUGUAACAACAAGCUCCGGGGGCAGCCCUUCUAUGCAGUGGAGAAGAAAGCAUACUGUGAGCCCUGCUACAUUAAUACUCUGGAGCAGUGCAAUGUGUGCUCUAAGCCCAUCAUGGAGCGGAUUCUCCGUGCCACUGGGAAGGCCUACCAUCCUCACUGCUUCACCUGUGUGAUGUGCCACCGCAGCCUAGAUGGGAUCCCAUUCACUGUGGACGCCGGCGGGCUCAUUCACUGCAUUGAGGACUUUCACAAGAAAUUUGCCCCUCGAUGUUCUGUGUGCAAGGAGCCUAUUAUGCCAGCCCCAGGCCAGGAGGAGACUGUUCGCAUUGUGGCUCUGGAUCGUGAUUUCCAUGUGUACUGCUACCGGUGUGAGGAUUGUGGUGGUCUUCUGUCUGAAGGAGAUAACCAGGGCUGCUACCCGUUGGAUGGACACAUCCUCUGCAAGACCUGCAACUCUGCCCGCAUCAGGGUGCUGACCGCCAAGGCUAGCACUGACCUUUAGAGCCAUCUGCUUAUUACCUGGUUAGUGGGUGGCACUGAGAAAAACGAAACACAAGAAAACAAUAAGAAAAA